GGUGUACGGUUUUUUCUCUGCUUCCCUCGUUCUCCUCGAUGCGGAGAGCAGUGCCUGUGUUCUGUUUCCUGUUUGGGUCUCGAUUGAGAAGCUAACCAUGGCGGCCACUGAGAUAGCACGGCAAGCGGGAGAGGGCGCGCGGUCUGUCCCGCUGUCAGGUCAUGUGGGGUUUGACAGCAUGCCAGACCAGCUGGUCAACAAAUCUGUCAAUCACGGCUUCUGCUUCAACAUCCUCUGCGUGGGGGAGACCGGUCUGGGGAAGUCCACCCUCAUGGACACUUUGUUCAACACCAAAUUCGAAGGCGAGCCCACGCAGCACAACCAGCCCGGCGUGCAGCUGAAGUCCAACACCUACGAGCUUCAGGAGAGCAACGUGCGCCUCAAGCUGACCGUGGUGAACACCGUGGGCUUCGGGGACCAGAUCAACAAAGAGGACAGCUAUAAGUCCAUCGUGGAGUUCAUCGACGCGCAGUUCGAGGCCUACCUCCAGGAGGAGCUGAAGAUCAAGCGCACGCUGCACAGCUACCACGACACGCGCAUCCACGCCUGCCUCUACUUCAUCGCGCCCACGGGCCACUCGCUCAAGUCCCUGGACCUGGUCACCAUGAAGAAACUGGACAGCAAGGUGAACAUCAUCCCCAUCAUCGCCAAAUCGGAUGCCAUCUCCAAGAGCGAGCUCACCAAGUUCAAGAUCAAGAUCACCAGCGAGCUCGUCAGCAACGGCGUGCAGAUCUACCAGUUCCCCACCGACGACGAGACGGUCGCAGAGAUAAACUCCACCAUGAACGGCCAUUUGCCCUUCGCCGUUGUGGGCAGCACGGAGGAGGUGAAGAUCGGGAACAAGAUGGUGAAGGCGCGGCAGUACCCCUGGGGGACGGUUCAGGUGGAGAACGAGAGCCACUGUGACUUUGUGAAGCUGAGGGAGAUGCUGAUCCGGGUGAACAUGGAGGACCUGCGGGAGCAGACGCACACCCGUCACUACGAGCUGUACCGCCGCUGCAAGCUGGAGGAGAUGGGCUUCAAAGACACCGACCCUGACAGCAAGCCCUUCAGCCUGCAGGAGACGUAUGAGGCCAAGAGGAAUGAAUUCAUGGGGGAGCUUCAGAAGAAGGAGGAGGAGAUGAGGCAGAUGUUUGUUCAGAGAGUCAAGGAGAAGGAAGGGGAGCUGAAAGAGGCUGAGAAAGAGCUGCACGAGAAGUUUGACCGUCUGAAGAAGCUGCACCAGGACGAGAAGAAGAAGCUGGAGGACAAAAGAAAGGGCCUCGACGACGAGCUCAACGCCUUCAAGCAGAGGAAGACUGCCGCAGAGCUGCUGCAGUCCCAGGCCCAGCAGGCAGGGGGCUCCACCACACUUAAGAGGGAAAAGGAGAGGAAAAACUUCUUUUAAUCUGUCUUGGCACCUGUCUGAAGAGGGGACCCCAGCUUCCACAAGAACUAGGCACCCGUUUCCUCUUCAUUCCUUCCUCACGCUCAUCAGCCUUUUGAAUUUACUUUUUAUAUCCAUCUCAACCCCCCCCCCCCCCCCCCUCCCUCAAACACCCUCUUCCCCUGUCAAGCACAGACAUUUGUAGGCCUUACAUGGUAUUUUUCUUUUUGGUGAGCGCCUGCUCUUGCAGCAUUAAGUUGGAAAAAAGGUAAGACGGUAAGAUCAGCAAGUCACCAGAGAAGGAACCUUUAGAAGCUUGACCCUUCACCGUGUUCUGUGUGCUUAACGCAGAUGAGCUACAUGAGACUUCUAGAUCUCAGUGAUUAUUCCAAUCAAAGAGCAUUUCUGGGGGAGAAUGAAAGACCUACCCAGGUUUACCACUCCAUUCAUAAAAAUAAUUACACCUUUACAUCGUAGACACUGAUCCUUUGGAGGAACUUAGUUUCUGUCAAACUAAGAAGUGCUCCCAGAGAGGCAUUUCUGUCUAAUAAGGACCUCCCCUUCACAUGUUUAGUUUUUUUUCUCUCUACAACAUAACAAAAUCAUCAUAAUGGCACAUAUUGUAAUGCUGUCUAAUUUGACCUCAAUGCCAUGUAUUCUCGCAAAGUUAUGAACAUAGUUUUUACCUACUCUAUAUUCUUGGAGUUAAGCUGAAGGUUUGCUAAUAUAGCUAAUAACUUGCCCCCAAUUUUUAUUUUAUCGAAAGGCUGUGGUUUUGAACCGGGUCAAUAUUCUGACUGUGUGAUUUUGCUACAAAUCCAAAGACUGCCAUUAAGAUAAUUUUAAAAGACUAGGAAAAAGUAAAAUGGUAGUAUCUAUACAGAGUACUAUAGAUUUGUUGUUUUGAUCAUACAUUUGUACCAAUGGAAAUAGAUGGAUUUAGAUGGUACAUUCUUUAGGGUUAUAAAAUUUUAGUUUAAAGAAUUAAAGAAUAUAGUUUUCCCUUUUUCAGCCGCAAAAUAUAUUUUCCAAAUGCCAUGUAGGCCACAAACAGUGCCUCUGCUAAAUUGUGCUUUAAGUAUCUGCUGACUAAUCCAUAUUUUGUGUCUUCCAAAGUAUUUUGUUUUAUCCUGAUUAUUGUAGUUAUUAUUUCUAUUACCAGCAGUGUCGUUUUCUUUGGGAAUAUUUCAGUGCUACUUUCAGCUGAUCUAUAUUGAGUUCUUUACUCUUGUGAGGUCACUCCAUUUGUAACUUGUGGUUCAGUAAUACUUCUUACAAAUGGUCCAGCCCCAUUUGCCAAAUAGCAGAAUGAGCGCUAUCGUUUUCACAAAGUAAUAGCAUUGGUCAUUGUGAAUGAACCAAAUACCAGAUAAUAGGAAUACAUUUAUAUACAUGAUUUAUAAGGAUCUAUUUUGUGUAAUUAAUUAUGAAGUGGAGACAUGUCUUAUGAUAAUUGAUAGUGUUGGAAAAUCUUUUUCCUUUUCUAUGUAGACUUUGUGGUGUCAUAAAGUUAGACAGCAUCAGUGCCCAUCAUGGCUCUCCCUGCCAAUGGCCUUGCCACAGACUUACAUGUGAGAUAUUUUACUGUUGUAUGAUUCCAUUGGUGUCCAUUUUCAAUAAAAUGUUAAAAACAACAAAAAAGUGCAUGUUUAAAAUUAAAUCAUAUAUGCAGCAUGUAAUGCUUGUUUCAAUUCACCACAGUUUGCCGUUAACAACAUAAAUCAGUAACUUCCCUUGAAAUGCAAAAUUCUUAAACGCUGAAAAUAAAUAAAGAAGCCAAUUGAUAUUCUAAA